AUGGAUUAUCCACAAAAGUCAAUACACCAACCACCCAAAUUGCUUUUCAAGACGAAAAAUUGGAGGACAGCGGGACGAAAGCCCAUUGGUCCCGACCCGACGUAUGGCCGCUCAUUGAUCAACAUUAUCAAGUUCUCGCCCCUCAAUGUGUUGCUCGUCUUCUUCCCAAUCUCGUGGGUUCUUCACACGACCAAACAGGCAGACUCGCUCGUCUUUGCUACGUCUGCCCUAGGUGUGCUACCAUUAGCCGCUUUGCUCGGGUUCGGUACUGAGCAGGUUGCGAUUCGUACUAGUUUGGCUCUCGCAGGACUUCUGAACGCGUCAUUGGGAAACUUGACCGAGCUCAUCAUUGCUGGCGUUUGCUUAUCACGCUGCCAACUCGGACUCGUCCAGAGUACACUGCUCGGUGGUCUCUUUAGCAACUUGCUGCUCGUCCUUGGCAUGGUACUUCUCGUCGGUGGAAUCAAGUUUCCCCAGCUCAGCUUUCGUCCAGCAGCCGCCCAGUUAAAUGCUUCUCUUUUGACGGUUGGCGUCAUCUCCAUGCUUGUACCGACAGCCUUCCACAACUUUUUAGGAGGCUACUCCCCUGACGGUACCGUCGAGGGCCCAAUGUUACUGAAUCUGAGUCGCGGAUUCUCAGUCGUCCUAAUGGUUAUUCACCUCUUCCUUGACAUGGACAAGGACUCUGAUACGGACUCACAGCACGGUACUUGGGGAGGAUCAUCUUUGAGCAGUGGUAUCAGCUCCUCUUCAAGCUCUGUCAUCACAAAUCCACGCUCCCGUCUUUCUUCGGCUGCUUUGACAGCAAUCACAUCAACAGUAGCUCCUUCCCGCUCGACGCUGGACCUAGGAGAAGCCGUUCCGCCGAUGGGUUCACUGGCUCCAGCGACCUCUAUCCUCGACGAUCAAUCCUCGGUCGAAAAUAUCCACCAUUCUCUUGUCAAUACUGCUUCUGUUCUCGUUCUCCUCGUCGCAAUCACCGCAAUCAUGUAUCCCACUGCAGAGAAUCUGGUAGAUUCGCUUACGGCACUCACCGACGCGAAUCCAAGUGGAAUUCCAAAGGAAUUUUUAUCGGUCAUUGUACUUCCGGUGCUGUCCAAUGGCGCAGAGCUUUCUACCGCAGUUUAUGCCGGGUUCAAGGGUAAAUUUGAUCUCGUACUUGGUGUCGCAGUAGGAAGCUGCAUCCAAAUUACUCUGUUUGUGAUACCAUUAUUGGUAUGCGUGGCCUGGGGAAUGGGAGAACCUUUGAGCUUGUUGUUUGACCCUCUCGAGACGACGUGCUUCUUCCUGACCGUUAUAUUGGUCAAAAUUGUCAUCGAGGAUGGUCGCACGCAUUGGCUCAACGGUCUAACGCUUGUCCUGUUGGCGACAACAUUUUGGCACUUUCCCACCAACCUCAUGGGUCUCUUGGGUGGUAAUCAGACGCUUUUUAUUUGA